CCCAUCAUUCUCAACACAUUCAUCCAUCCAUACAAAUCAAGUUCACUCAGUUUCAGUAUAUGUUCAGUUCAAUCAAAGCUUCUAUGGCUUCAAUAUUGCAACUGCUUCUUCUGUUUGGCUCUUUGAUGGUUGUUUCUGCUGGUAGCUUGAACAAUAAUUUUGAUAUCACUUGGGGAGAUGGCCGGGCCAAGAUGCUUAACAAUGGAGACCUUCUUACUCUCUCUCUUGAUAGAGCCUCUGGCUCUGGCUUCCAAUCCAAGAAUGAAUAUCUAUUUGGCAAGAUUGAUAUGCAACUCAAACUUGUCGCCGGCAACUCUGCUGGCACUGUCACUGCUUAUUAUUUGUCCUCAAAAGGGUCUACAUGGGAUGAGAUUGACUUUGAAUUCUUGGGAAAUUUGAGUGGUGAUCCUUACAUUCUUCACACCAAUGUCUUCAGUCAAGGAAAGGGUAACAGAGAACAACAAUUCUACCUCUGGUUUGACCCAACUGCUGAUUUCCACACCUAUUCCGUUCUCUGGAAUCCUCAGCGCAUUAUCUUCUCAGUGGAUGGUACUCCCAUAAGAGAAUUCAGGAACUCAGAAUCAAUUGGUGUUCCAUUCCCAAAGAAUCAGCCAAUGAGAAUAUAUUCUUCACUCUGGAAUGCUGAUGACUGGGCUACAAGAGGUGGACUUGUAAAGACAGAUUGGACUCAAGCUCCUUUCACUGCUUCCUACAGAAACUUCAAUGCUGAUGCUUGUGUUUGGUCUAAUGGAGCGUCUUCUUGCACUUCAAAUUCACCUUCUUCUUCAUCUAGCAAUAGUGCCUGGCUCUCUGAAGAGCUGGAUACAAGUAGUGAUGAGAGAUUGAAAUGGGUUCAGAAGAACUACAUGAUAUACAAUUACUGCACUGACACCAAGAGAUUUCCCCAGGGCCUCCCCGCAGAAUGCAGCUCCACCUCUUAGAGAAAAUUUUCAAAUCAUCAGUACAUACAUACACAUAAAUUCUUUUGUUUGGGAUAUUACUAGGAUCAUGUAGUUGAAAGUAAUAGUCCAUUUCUUUUGUUCUUUGUUAAUCUGUUUACCGCGUAUAUAAGCAACAAGAUAAUUAUUCUUCAAAAUAUCCCAUGUAAUAAAAGCUGCUAAUUAUCCUCACAGAUAAUUUGCCGAAGAUUUGAGCAA